AUGAUGAUCAAAGGUUUCUUGUGGGCUGCAGCCGUGUCUGCUAUGCCUCUUGUCGAGAUGUCCCCUCGACAACUCCACAUGAUGGAACAGAACAAACCCUUGACGAUUCGAAAGAAUCCAUCUCUAGCGCCCCGAGCCAACAGAAUCAUCCCUGUUGUGGUUGGAGGACCCCAGGAUACUUUCGUUCCCAACAUGAUUCGAGCAGCCGUUGGUGAUGUGAUUCAGUUUCAGUUCAGCAAUGGAAACCAUACUGUCACACAAAGCUCUGAGGACUCUCCCUGUCAGCCUCUUCAGGCAACACAAUCUGGUGCGAUUCACAGUGGCCACAUUCCUUUUGUGGAUGGGCAGACUACUAUUGGAACAUUUAAUGUUCCCCUUACCAGCACGGAUCCUUUGUUUUUCUACUGUGCUACUGGACCUCAUUGUCAGCUUGGCCAAGUUAUGGCCAUCAAUCCUCCCAGUGAGGCAAACUUGGUCGAGUUCAACAAGAAGGCCAACGGUGCUCUGGCUAAUAUUGAUGCUGGUGAUGCUACAGGUGGAACAGUCGGAGAGAUUCCUCUAGCUGAAGCUGCUUUCACUCCCGCCCCCCCUGAAGAUGGUGCUCCUCCUGCACCUCCCGCUGAAAGCCCUCCUGCUCCCCCAGCUGAUACUCCCCCUGUAGUUGAGACUCCACCUGCAGCUCCCCCUGCCGCCGAAGCUCCUACUGAGGUUCCUGCUGCCCCUCCGGCUGAGGCAGUAUCCAUGGGAGAGCACUACUAG